UUAAUUUAAAAACAGGCAUGUUAUACAAAGAAAAGAUAAACAAACAGCCGAGUGUCAUCUCUAUGAAAGCAAAACAGCACGAAAUUGUAAACAAACUUUAUAGAUUUUUAAAAAUUUAUUAAAAAUUAUUGAAAAAUGUCUUCUGAAGUCUCUUCCACCAAUGAUAUUUGUCUUAAGGAUAAUGAUGAUUUUUAUCCUUCAGCCGAAGAAUUAGAGAACUAUUAUAAUAUGUUGGAAAAUGGCACCAUUUUGGAAUUAGAAUGGCAAUGUCCUGGUAGAAGACCACCAUCACCAGACUGUUCCAGCAGUGGCAGUAAAGAACAAACAAAUUCUACCGAUAUUACCGAGACUCAAGAACCCUUAAAAUCGAAUGAUUUUGACUUUAGCGAUGAUGUGGCCCAGCCACAAAUGCGUGUACGUAGUCAGAAUUCUACACCAAAAUCGGUUAAAAAGAUAACUGCCAACUUUGCUGGUGUUAUGGAGGCUUUGAAAAAGAAAAAUGCUGAGGGCUCAUCGUAACGCAAAAAGCAGGAUUUUGUUAGGAAUAAGUUAAAGUAGUUUGAAAGGAUAAUUAUUUACUACAUAACUAUGUAGUAAAAUAUAUAUUUUGCAUAAUUAGCUUUUAAGUUUAAAAUAAAGAAUGUUAUUGGUUAAGUGUAUAAGCUUUUUCCGGUUCUGCAACUGAAAUCAUCAUAAAAUUAUAGUUUUAAGGAUAUUUUGAAUGUGAGGCGAUUCAAUGUUUAACCAAUUUAUUGUUGAAUAAAAUUGUGGACAUUUAAGUCAAAUUUUGAAGGUGGCUUUUUAUAGG